UUGCCCAGUAGAGUGUGCUCCGUUAGUUUUCGCAAUAUCCGGCGGAAACAAGCUGUCAGCCAUCUUGCUAGCAGUAUUUCGGCGCUCGGCCAUUUUUGUUGCGUCGACGUCAAGUGUGGCCAGAGGCCUUUCAUAGUAGUCCAGUCUUCGAAUUUCCUUUGCAUCGAAGUAGCGACAGGCAGAAACUGUAAUUAUAAUUAACUUGACUUAAUCGACGAGUUUCGUUCGUAGAUCAGCAGGGAACGAAAGGAGAGAGGAUAAGAGCGAACAAUUGAAAUUUUUUUGCUUGGUGAUUGUCUAGGCGAGAGAAACAGCUAAAGAGCUUCUGCGGCAGAGCCACGAAAAAUACGCACCGAGGCGGAGUAAUAUGAGUAAUGCAGCCAACCAGAAUGGAUCAGGUCUAGAGCAGCAGUUAGCUGGUCUGGACUUGUCGGGCUCCCGCCAACCAAGUGGGGGCCGCUACAUACCACCACACCUACGAAAUAAAUCUGGAAGUGAGUGUAACGUGCCUUCUGGCGGAGAACAUCAUUCUUCUUCCAACUCAAGAUCAUAUUCUGAACGAGAUAGAGGAGGCGACCGUGUGCGAGACAGGGAAAGGGAGCGAGAUCGUGAUGGCGAUAGAGGAGGUUCAGGGUAUAGAGGGCCAGAGCCACAGCAACGAAAUUCUCGUGAUGGCGAUUUUGGAAACUUUGGAAAUUUUUGUGCACGCAACAGGCGUAGUGGCAAUCAAGAAAAUGGAAGAGAUUAUAGAUACUCCAAUUCCGAACGCGAACGCGAACGUGAUCGCCCGGUUAGCUCCGGUAAUGAUCGUUGGCAAGAGCCUAGAGGAGGAACAGGAGGUCGUUGGCCAGAGAAUAGGAAUGAUCAUAGAAUUGGCAGCGGCGGCGGCAACGCCGGUAGAUGGAAGGAGGAUAGAGACGGAGGAAGAAGAAAUUCCGAAAUUGACUGGACAAUUCCCACUAGCAGGGAUGAGCGUCUGGAGUUGGAGCUAUUUGGUACUGGGAAUACUGGCAUUAAUUUUAGUAAAUAUGAGGAUAUCCCAGUCGAGGCUACUGGAGAUAACAUACCAUCACACAUCACAUCUUUCAACGAGGUUAAGCUGACAGAGAUAAUAAAGAACAGCAUUGCUUUGGCUGGUUAUGAUAAGCCUACACCGGUACAAAAAUACGCGAUACCGAUUAUCAUUGGACGUCGUGACGUUAUGGCCUGUGCCCAAACGGGGUCUGGUAAAACAGCGGCCUUUUUAGUGCCAAUAUUGAAUCAGAUUUAUGAAAGCGGGCCACUUCCACCGCCAGCGCUUGGCCCUUCUUCUGGCAAGCGUAAACAGUAUCCACUGGGUUUAGUAUUAGCACCUACAAGAGAGCUUGCUACUCAGAUAUACGACGAAGCAAGAAAAUUUGCGUACAGAUCGCGUAUGCGCCCUGCUGUUGUUUAUGGUGGUUCAAACAUAGCAGACCAAAUGCGAGAAUUAGAUCGUGGCUGCCAUCUUCUUGUAGCAACGCCUGGUCGCCUUGUAGAUAUGCUGGGACGUGGUAAAAUUGGCUUGCAUAAUUGCCGAUAUUUAGUAUUGGAUGAAGCUGAUCGUAUGUUGGAUAUGGGUUUCGAACCACAAAUAAGACGUAUAGUCCAAGAGGAUAGAAUGCCUCCGACCGGUGAAAGACAGACACUCAUGUUUUCAGCUACUUUCCCGAAAGAAAUACAGAUAUUGGCUAGGGAUUUCCUUAGUAACUAUAUCUUUUUAGCUGUGGGCCGUGUUGGUUCUACAUCUGAAAAUAUUACUCAGAAAAUUGUAUGGGUAGAAGAACACGACAAACGUUCUAAUUUGCUUGACCUUCUUCAAGCUAGUAAUGCCAGAGAUCCUUCUGCCGAGUCAUUGACUUUGGUGUUCGUUGAAACAAAGAAGGGUGCAGACAUGUUAGAAGACUAUUUGGCUGAAAUGGGCUACCCAGUUACUAGUAUUCAUGGUGAUCGUAGUCAGCGUGAACGAGAAGAUGCAUUACGUCGUUUCCGCGCUGGUGUAACGCCAAUACUUGUCGCGACUGCCGUUGCUGCCCGUGGACUCGAUAUUCCACAUGUGAAACACGUGAUAAACUUCGACUUACCAGGCGACGUAGAAGAAUAUGUCCAUCGCAUCGGUCGUACCGGUCGUAUGGGCAACUUAGGUCUUGCAACAUCAUUUUUCAAUAGUAAAAAUCAUAACUUGGUGCGCGAUUUGGUGUCUUUGCUUAAUGAGGCUAACCAAGAACUUCCAUCAUGGCUGGACCAAAUGUGCGGUGAUGUAAGAUAUUCUGGAGGUGGAUCCCGACGAACUGGUGGAGGUGGUGGUAGUACUAAAGGCGGCCGAUUUAGCGGAUUUGGUGCAAGAGAUUAUCGCCAACAAUCUGGCUCUGGACCUACUCGUAAUAAUGGUUCCUCCAACAGACCAGGCAGUUACGGAGGAAAUUACGGCAAUUACGGAGGUAAUGAUAGUAAUUCAUCAUUACCUCCGCACAAUAAUUCUGCUAACAACGGCAGCAUAGUUGGCUCCGAUUAUUGGUGGGAGAAGCCAUGGCAGAAGUAAAUCACCAUCAUCUCAAUUUCCACUUUUACCAUUAUUACUACUGUACACGUAAAUUCAAAUAUAUGUAAGAAAGACACGUACGACAUACAUCGGAUACAACACGCACGUAUCUGCGCGCGUAUUACAUAUACACUACAAAAGACAGACAGUAUCACGUAUAAACACAUCACGUUCGCUGACUGCCUGAGCACUACAAUUUUUCGAACGAAAAAAAAACUGUUUAUUCAAUUCCACAAAUACUUUUAUUCGUGUGCGACGAAACGUUGGCAAAUCCCAAGUGCAAUUCCAGCAUUAACAUCUACGAAAGCGAAACGGAAUAACGUGGACGAUAAUGAUCCCGCUUUGAAAGCACUCGGUGAGUGAUGAUAAAGAUUUGUCAGGCAUUAAAUACAGAUGUAAUAAGAUCCAUCCAAAGUUUCGUUGCCGUGCGUGUUGAGGAACACAAGUAGUAUAAUCACUAACGAAUCAAAUCGUGAAUGUCUAGAUAGGACGUUACGAUACAACACAUAGUAGGUGAAGAAACUUAGUGAAAUUGUUUAGAACUCCUGUCGAGACUAUGGAGCUCGUUGUGGCUUCAUUAUUUAAAUUUUUGGAGAAUGUGAUGGGCGUAUCUUUGAGAAUUGUGGCGUCUAGAUUCAAGUAAUUAUAUAGCUUUAAAUGCACAAGUGCUUCAUUACUAUUGCCUGAAUGGCCAGUAACUUGUGUAGUUUCAAUUAAACUAAUGGCGUAAUUUUUUUUUUUUUUUUUAUUUUGUUAGUUUCCUUUUCUUUAAUGUAAUUCAUAUAUUUAACUAGGCGCCCCGGAUACGCCAUAUCGCCAUCGCCAUAGAUUUCGUGACGAUUCCUGUUUUAAAUUUACUAUAGUCCAGCGACGAAUGGUACUUUGUUGUUUUGCCGUCCCCAGACACAGACGACGUUGCGCCGGCAAUAUCAUGGUUUAAAUCGAUUAAAUCACGAUAAAAAUUACCAAUAGUCGACAGCUUCGAUACUAUAAAAAAGGACACAGGCUACGUCUUAGGCUACUUUUAGAAAUGCUGUUUAUACUUAUGUCGGGUUCCGUUCACGGUAUGUACAUUUCAAAGUUAGACACUGUUAACUUUAUCGCUUUCCUUUAAUUUAAUUUGAAUGGUUACGUAAAUUUCAUUUCAAACUUUUUGGUCGCUAUGUCGGUAUUUAUUGGUCACUAUGUAUAUCGGAUAUAUAUUUGCUGUACCUGAAUUUUUAAUGUACUCUAAUUAGAAUUUCUAAACGUAACGAAGACGUCCUGUAAAAAAAAAAAAAAAAAAAAUGGUACGGUGCGUUAUAAAAAUCUAAAAUCGCAGUAGUGGGUGCGAGUGCUCUGGAACGAAAACUAACAUUAUAAAAACUUAAAAAAAAACACGGGUAAACAAAAAAAUAUACGGUUGCAGUUACAGAGGGGGGUGGGGUGGGGACUUCGAAAGAAAAGAACAAAAAAGCAAACAAAAAUAAUACAUGCACUGUUAGUUGGCUCAACUUUCCGGAAAUGUUAAACGAGAGAAAAAGGAUAGAAGAAAUGAGGAAAAAUAUACAAGGAAGCAAGCCCUUUGGGACGAGAAGGCAAAAGGCGCACUCAUAUUUUAUAACUCUAUUUAUCAGUACGCUAUAUAUAAAUAUAUAUAUACAUACUAAGUAAUAUUCGUAAAUACAUAAACAUUAAAAUAAUUGAGAAACGACUGUGAUAUCGAACGAUCUUGUGACAUUCAAUUUCCAUGCGAAUUGAUAAAAUGAACAAUUUAAAUGAAAUACAAAUGCUGAAUGUAUUAAUUAAUCGGUAUUGAAUGUCAAGAAAGCAUAAAGCUCAGUUGUUUGAGCCGAGAGUGGGAAAUAUUAAGUCGUUAAAGCAAAUACAUCAAGAACUUAAGUGGCUGUUGUCCGAUCGGGGAGGGCUGAACGCUAGCUCUUACAGUCCUGAAAACACGUUUUUGGGGCAUUGUUUCUACUUUAAACAAAAAAAAAAAAAAAAGAAAAGAAAAUGUAACGCGCAUUAAUGAUAGACGAUAAACGGCGGAACGCGUCAUUACUGGUUGAUGAUGUUGGUAGGGCUUUAUAGAAUGUCGAUAUCUUUUGUGCAAACGUCGGAUUCUUACCUAAUCUAUGUGAGAAAAAGUACAAAUUCGAUUUGCGUGACAACUGACAGGAUUUUUAGACAUGUCAUACUUAUACCUGUUAUAUUAAUAGAUUUAUAGUGCAAUCGCGUGCGUGAAUCGUAUGCCGUGUGACCGUGGACCAAGGUGUGAAUGCCUCUUAACAGAGGGAUAAUUAUUUCAACUAGAACUUUCAAAUAGUGUUACGAGUAAAUAUUGUUGGCUUCCGACCGUUGCGCGUGUGGUUUUCAAAUUUCAAUAUGAUUCUCUUUUUAUCGUCGAGUUCCUUUGUCAACUCGGAGGCCCUGCCAAGAACAUUACAAGAAUCCACAAUGAAGAGUGAUGAUCGAGAUCACUUUCCGUUCAUAGAGUACAACAUUUACGGCAACGAAUUAUGCAGUUGGACGUUCAGUCUGCCAAGAGGAAAAUAGAUCUUGCCGUAAUACUACUAGUACCACUAUUGCUAUUAUCCUUAUUUACUACUAUAUUACUAUUACUAUUCAAUUUUUUUUUUUUUAAUAUAUACAACGUCUACGUCAAUUUCGUAGAUGACAGUGUACGCGCAAGCUUUUGUACAACGGCUUUGCUGUAUUGCGUUACAUUAUUUUAUAUUGCGAUAGAAGAAGAAAAGGUAUAGGGUGACUUUUGGACACUAGUAUCCCGAAUGUGUGUUAAAUUUAAAUUUUCUCAUCUUCAUCAGGCAAAAUUAAUCAAUCAAUUCGAAAAAUCCAAUAACUAUCGUGAAAAUCGAGUGAAUUCCGGAUUCUAUUGCCCAAUUGUCUACCAAGGCAACGAAUACAUAUGACGCGUCGAUGUAAGUUAUUUAGUCCUGUGCAGUUGGAAGUAAAUAUGUUAAUUUACGAGUAACAUGGUGGACAGAAAUCAUGCAAGUAACGACAACUAUACGCAAAAAUAUUUUUAUACUUGUUUCUCUCCUAGUUGUAACGAUAUUUUUAUACGUAACAGUGUUGGUCGUCGAGCAGUCACGGGUAUCAUUGAUUCCAUGUAUUAUUUUUUUUUUCUUCGUUUUCCAUAUUACGAACGAAUCACGAUUCAGCUAUCACAUACAUUUCAUAUGAAAGAAAAAGAAAUGAAAAAAUGUAACGACGAUUGAUAAAUAUAUUUGUGCGAUAGUCAGAUGUCCACCGUUUCGUAAACCGGUACACGUACAAAUUCAAGUACGGCAUUAUGAUUUAGAACGUAUUAGCACCUUUAGAGGAAAUAGGAGGAUGGUAUAAUAAACAAGACUAUUUAUUAACGUGUUAAGUAUUUAUUUUUUGUUCUGUUCUAUCAGAAGGGACAGUCGUAUACUUGUACUGUACGAGUACCUUUUUAACGUUAUGUUUGGUCCUCUAUUGUAUAUCGGACGAGCAGCCUUAGGAAAAAAAAAAACAAAUGAAACAUUUACGGAUCUACGCAGAGUGGAACGAUUAGACAAAGAUCAAUAUUGUAGUGCGAAAGAAACUGGAGCGAGAGGGGCUACGAAUAGUAAAACGUGUAUUACAUAUUGUGUAAAAAAUGAGAAAAACAAAAAAUGAUGUUUGACUGUGACUGCAAUCAUUACUACGAAAAAAGAAUGCGCAAUUUACGAAAGCACACAAUACACACAAGAUAGAAACAUAUUGUAAGCCAAUAAUCGUGUAAGCGCAACGGGAUAAAACAAAAGCAAAAAAAAAAAGAAAAUCGGAGCACGUUGAAAGCGUCGCCGAACACGAUUUUGUUGUCGUCGCGUGCUGUAGGUAAUAGUUUACUUUUUAUCUUUGUUCUAUACAUAUGUUACGCAUCUUCGACGAACUUCGAGUGAACCGCUACGUUUGUUGCAAUUUGCGUUCGUUCGAUUUUGCUCUUUUUCGCAAAACGGAAAAGCGAAAUUUUGCGUGGCGCUUAUUGUGUGCGAGUGUGUCUACAUCGAGCAGGUAUUCUGUUGAAGUGGAAAACGGUAAAAAAAUCGAACUAAUACUCAGAAGAAGAAAAAAAAAGAUACAAACGAGCGCGAGCGAAGGCAAUGCGUAAUGGGUGAAAGUAAGAGCACACGCGUAGGUUGAAACAAAAUUUUGUAGGCGAAAUGAGGUGGGAUGGCAAAAGAAAAAAAAAAAAGAUUUCUUCUAACUUUAACGAAUAUUAUUUAAAUCGGGAACGCGUCGCUUCUCGAGUCGAAAACACAGGCAAGGCGCACCGUUGAAAAAAAAAACAAAUAUGUAAAGGAAGUAUGUAGCAAUAUUGUUGCGCUUCCGAACAGCGAGUCUCGAUGGCUGUGUUAAAUUUUUUUCCACAGCCAAUGAUACUCCUCCGUAUCAUUAAAUUGUAACUUUAAAUGAUACCGCUAUAUGUCUAUUUCACUGUAAUAUGGUGAGCAAAUGGCAACAGAGAAAAAAAAAAGAAAAGAAAAGUUUGAAGAAAGAGUUAAAGAAUCGGAACGGUGAACGUACCAUUCUGUCGGUCUCUUAUUAGUAAUUGCACAUUUACACGCUACAUUAGGUGAACCGAGAAAAAUACGAGAAGUAGGAUAAAAAAUAUCUGCAAACAACUGUACGUCGUACGGCUAUUGAAUGAAUAAAUAAAAAUAAAGUGUCUGAAAUUUAAA